UUCUCAAAAAAAACCGGCGUCUGGGGGAGCCGGGCGAGUCCCCCCUCAAGACCCACCGCCAUCCACUGUUAACGCGGUGGAAGGCGAAUGGCUACUCUGGGGGUUACUCUGAGGUGUUCUGGCGGUUGUGCUUAGGGAGCCUUCACUGGGGCCAUUUUAUGUAUUAUUAAAAAAAAAAAAAAGAAAAAAAGGACGAAGGUUGAAAAGCACUUAAUCUCGGUUCCUUCCGAAUCGGUAAAAUGGCGAAGGGGAAGCAAACCACCCCCCCUACCCCGGUCGUGUAUACCUCCGACUAGCAAAAGCACCAAAACAAAACAAAGCCUCCAGUGGUCCAAAGUGCCCCGCUUUCGCCUUGAAAUCUGCCUACUUGCCACCGUUGGUCCCUUUUUCUUUUUUUUUUUUUUCCUUACUUGAGAUCACGUAGGUUUGCAAAAAGCAGUCACAUAAAUAACCUUGUCUGUCAGUCACCAACGCAAUGUGAUCACGAGGCCACCCCCACUCUCUUUUAUUUUUAUUUUGACAAUAAAACACGUUUCUGCCCGGUCCCAAACGCAGACCAGCCCCGCGGCAGCCCGGCCCCGUACCGUUGACGACUCGGGUCGAUCCAUCAUGGCUGCGGCCGCUUACCCUGCUUUUCAGUCCCUGAGCCUUGUGGUCCUCCUCCCUUUGGCUGCCCUGUUUAUAUAGAGCCAUUGCCGCUCUCUAAUAUAGACUCUGCCAGGAUGGGAAGGUGCUUUUCAGGCCUACGUCACCGCCUCUCCAUUUAAACACCAGAUCCGGCUUUAAAUAGUGAGAGCGGCUGAGAGCGGGGCUGGGAGGUGCGUGCUCCCGAGGCGAGAGGCAGGCGCGUGCAGAGCUCACUUUUAUUUCUAGGUCCUUUUCUGUCUACUGUAAUUUCGUGCCCAGUCGGGGUUGCCUUCUCAGCCGCAAGUUUUUGUUUGGACGUAGCAGCUGGGGUUUGCCGGGCAUUGUUAGGGGGAAAUAGACGUGCCGUCUUUUAUUUUUAUUUGUAAAAACAAUUUUAAGUUCAGAUGUCUAAUCGCUUCUGUAUUUAAGAAGCCUAAAUUAUACAGAUCUGUGAUCGAAGAUGUUAUUAAUGAUGUGAGAGACAUCUUUUUGGAUGAUGGAGUCGAUGAACAAGUUCUGAUGGAACUAAAAACUUUAUGGGAGAAUAAACUAAUGCAGUCUAGGGCUGUAGAUGGAUUUCAUUCAGAAGAGCAGCAGCUUUUAUUGCAAGUUCAACAGCAACAUCAGCCCCAGCAGCAGCAGCAUCACCACCAUCACCACCAUCAGCAAGCUCAGCCUCAGCAGACAGUACCUCAGCAAGCGCAGGCCCAGCAGGUCCUUAUUCCUGCAUCCCAGCAAGCUGCAGCACCUCAAGUUAUUGUUCCUGAUUCUAAGCUGAUACAACAUAUGAAUGCAUCAAACAUGAGUGCUGCUGCUACAGCUGCAACCUUGGCACUCCCUGCUGGUGUGACUCCUGUUCAACAGAUAUUAACAAAUUCAGGCCAGCUUCUGCAAGUGGUCAGAGCAGCCAAUGGUGCCCAGUAUAUCUUUCAGCCUCAGCAGUCAGUGGUUCUGCAGCAACAGGUUAUACCGCAAAUGCAGCCUGGUGGAGUGCAGGCUCCUGUGAUACAGCAGGUCUUGGCCCCUCUUCCUGGAGGGAUUUCACCACAAACAGGUGUCAUCAUCCAGCCCCAGCAAAUCUUAUUUACAGGAAAUAAGACUCAAGUUAUACCUACAACAGUGGCAGCACCUACACCAGCACAAGCACAGAUAACUGCCACUGGCCAGCAGCAGCCACAGGCCCAGCCUGCUCAGCAGCAGGCUCCGUUGGUGUUGCAAGUUGAUGGAACUGGGGAUACGUCAUCUGAAGAAGAUGAAGAUGAAGAAGAAGACUAUGAUGACGAUGAGGAGGAGGACAAAGAGAAAGACGGAGCUGAAGACGGGCAAGUGGAAGAGGAACCCCUCAAUAGUGAAGAUGAUGUGAGUGAUGAGGAAGGACAGGAACUCUUUGAUACAGAAAAUGUUGUUGUGUGCCAGUAUGAUAAGAUACACAGAAGUAAAAACAAAUGGAAAUUUCAUCUCAAGGAUGGCAUUAUGAAUCUUAAUGGAAGAGAUUAUAUAUUUUCCAAAGCCAUUGGGGAUGCAGAAUGGUGAAAAGAGUUGGUUCUUUUUCUUUUAUAAAUAAAACAAAAGAAACUUAAAAAAAAAAUUUAAAGUGGACAGUUUGAAACUUGGGACAUAUACCAACCAAAACUUAACUUCUGCAUGUCAGAAAAGUGCAGUAGAAGCAGAGCUACUGGAACAAAGAGACCUUGACAACACAGACACUACUUCUAACUGGCAAGCCAUGGAACUGUAGCACCUGGGGUUGUUGGGGUGGGGAGGGUGGGGAUUUGUGUAAGAAAACCAGAAUUGUCGAUUUUAAAUACAGGUACCUGCCACUGGUAAUUAGCAUGUAAAGCUUUGUUUAUAUUCCUUCCUCCAACUUGAGUUCAGCCAGAAGAUACUUGUUGGAAUGAACUGAAGAAACUUCCCUUUUGAUAGAUUGAACUGAAACUGCUUAUUGUACGUGGUUAUAUUUGGUAAAAAUUGCGUGUUGAGCUUUUUACAAAAGGGUAAGAAUUAUGGUGUUGAAUUUUAAUUCACUUGUAUAAGGAAACAGUUUAGAACUCUUAAAGGUCUUAAAUAUUUUUACUUGCUGUUCUCCCUCAGUAAUAUAUACCUCUUCCUUCCCUGCUUGAUGAAACAUCUAUUUACAAGUUAAAGGAAGUGUAUAAUCAGUAGUUACAGUUUGGAGACAAAAUUUACCUAGGAGUGGAUGUUUAUUUUAAUUAGAUUUUCAGACUCAUUAUAAAUAUAAAGACUUGGGUCUUGUCUGAGUUGAGCAGAAUUAAAAUGACAACUUCAGUUUCCUAACAGAAUUGUAUUUGUUUCUUUUAGUCCCACACCUUAAAAAGAAACCCCAAGUGGCUCCUCAGGAAUGCAGUUUUCUAGCACAAAGGUACCAUCUAGCUGGAAUUAUAUACAUAUGAAUAGAUAGAUAAUUUUCCUGUUGGGCUGAAGUGUAUGUUUAUGUAUGUGUUUAGUCUUUAAGCUAAACAAACAUUUAGAUAACAUUCUGUGCAUUGAUUGAUGCAUUGGGCAGGUGGUGAGGACCUGGAUUUUUAUCAAACAAUUUAGUAAUUUUAAAAGUUUCUUGUGUUUACUAGUAAAGAAUUUUAAAACUCUUACUCUAAUUGAACACAUUUUUUAAAAUGCAACUUUGUAAUUUGAGGGAGAAAUUUUGGGGUUAGAGGAGGGUGGGCCACUUAGUACACACUUACCUCUCUUUCGUGCAGUGGCCUUUCCAGGCCACUGAUAAUACAGUGGGCUCCAGUUUGCACAUCGGGAAGACAGCAUAGAAAUUUGACUUGUAUAUUAAAAACAGUAGAAAUGUAAUAUGUAUGUGAAGAAUGCAUAGCUCUGUUUUCUGUAAGGGGCUCUAAAGAACAAUGUGGCAGUGCUGUAUGUUCAGUGUGAACGAGUUGCUUGGGAGAACUGCAGGAACAUGUGUCCUCACCUUUGUUCUUAACACCUAAUUCUUUUCAUGGUUUAUUUUGACAAAAUUCACAUGUGUUUAACUUGUAUAUUGAUUUUUUUAAGUCUUCCACUUUUGUCUUCCUUUUAUUUGCCUUUGUGUUUCCAGAACUAACAGAGAAACACUUUAAAGUACAUUGCAGAGAAAAACUGUGAGCUGUUUUAUAUUUUCUUUUUUUUUAGCACAAAUCUUUAAACUUCUUUAAAAGGCUAAUUUUUUUUUUUUUUUUUAUUUUGCCUACUUCCCACCUGAAAUACCACCUUGGUCCCUUUAACUUAUGUUCUGAACUUUGAUAUAAAUGGUGGUUUCUAGCAUGCUAGUAGUUAAGAUUUAUUUCGAUGCCAUAUCUGGUGAUACGGUUUUAAUUUUUACUAUAUUAAUUUAGUUUUUUUGAGGUUUAUUUGUUUACCCCAGUAUGCUCAAAGCACACGCAGGUUUUUUGUUUUGCUUUGUUUUUGUUGAGCCUGGGAGGAGAGGGGAAGGGAGUAAAAUCACAGAAGUCCUGUUCAUUUGUCCUUCAGUAUAGUUGCUAGUAGGUUUAUAUUUACCUAGUGAAGAAGUCAAUGACCUGAACUACCUAUAAAAGUUUAGCAUUGCUGCAGUGUUGAUUGAAACCCUCUGGCUAUCUAGUAGUUCUUAUGCUACUGAACCUUGGAUUACUAUAUGAUACUCAGCUUAUAUUUUGGACUCUCUAUGUAGACAAAAACAUUGCAUUCAUUAUAGAAUUGUACACUAGCCUGUUUUUAUAACAUUGAAACAUCAACAACCACUGCUUUCAGCGUGACUUAGUAGGGUUGUUUUGAAGCAGGAAAUAACCAUUUAUAUUUGCACCUGUGUAUAUUGCAUAUCAAUUAUGACAUACUUGGCAAGCGCUUUUCUUUUACCUGUGAAAAUUCUGAAAACUGGUCCAAACAACACUGUAUACCAAAUUGUGCUCUUAUAUAUAACACUGCAUUGUGUUCCCUUUUAGUCAAAUAGCAUGUUUUAGUUUUAUUAUAGUGGCUUGCUAUAAGAAUGCCACUUGCUUAUCUUUUAUUGUACUUGAAUUCUUAAUCAUGCUUUUAACAUUUUAUUUAACAUCAUUUCAUUAGGUUCCAUUAAAAAUGUCAUUCCUUUGAAAAUGCAAGGAUUCCCACUUUCAAAAUUUUGAAGUAAAGAUAACAUUUAUUCAAAGAAGGAAAAUAGUUCAGACUUGGUAUUAUGAAAUAAGUGAAGGUUUCAGAAAAGGAUUUGUUUAGAUUUGCACAGAUGAUGAUGGCACCUUGUAUUAAAAAACAAUCAACAGUGCUAAGGAAAAUUUACACAAAAGUACUAGGUUUAAGUGUGGAAAUGUGUGCCUUUCAGUGUAUGUACUCUUUUUUUUUGGUGGUCAUUUGGAUAAUCAGACCAUUUGAAUGGCUGAGAGCACAUUUAAAUUCUGUGGAGCGCCACAUUUGGCUGAAACAACUGUAAUGUGCAAUUAGUUUCUAGACUAAAAUGUCUGUUAUAUGAGGGGGAUCUUUAUAUUGGGCUUUUAUAUUUUUUUAAAUGUUCACAUUUCUUUCUAUUAAUUAAAUGCCAUCAUAGCACCACAUUUAUAUUGCCUCUUAAAAUCAAAGCCAUCUUGAUGAUGUUCUUCUUGGCAUGCAUCAAGAUUUGAGCAGUGUGUAUAGUGAUUAAAAUGUAUUCUUGAAGAGCAUAGUCUAAUAGACUCUGGUUUAGACUGCAAGAACAUAAAAGUAUAAUAGCUUUUGUAUAAAGAUUUUCUUUUGCUAUAUGAAAAUCAAGGAUUUGGUUUGCUUUUUUUCUGGCUUUUAUGAAGGAAUAAAAAGUUAUCUCCUUCUAAGAGUAAUUUUUGAUUAUCUUAUAGCAAUAAUGUCACCAUUCUUUUCAGAAAUAAAUACACCUUGUAUAGGAAAUCAGACAUAAUUUUCUUGGGAGCUCCCUUUAUAUCUUAGCUUUUUCUUCCUCUUAAGAAAAUUCCUAUAUUUUCAGAUUAUUUCAUCUUGAACUUUUUUGAGCUUUUGUGCAAUGUAAUAUUUUAUUGAUCCAUCUUUCUACAUUUUCAUUUUAUUUCAUACGUCUAUCUCCCACCUAUCUGUCUGAAUCAGCUGUUUCAGGUUUUUAAUUCAUUGGUUAAAAAAUAGUUGCUUUAUAUAUUUCCUCAUGGGUUUAUGUUAAAUAGUUUUGCAUUUUAAUCUAUUAUGCUAUGGAAAUUAUUCUGAAGUUUGUAUUCCCUUUUUAAGCCUGCCUUAGUCUAGUUUUUGGUCAUUUUUUAUGGUUUAAGGAAGAACACACAGAACUUGGUAUUUUUAUUUUGAGGAACAAGAAAAAUUGUUUUUUCUUUUAAGAGAAGAACUACACUGAGUUAUUAACUACUAUUUCAAGUUUCCUUAAAUCAUCCGGUAUGCUUCAGGGCUACAAUUUGGGGGGAGGGGCUAAUUCUUUUUGCUGUUCUGAGCUACUAUUGUCAACUGCUGUUGUACAUACUGUUAUGUGUAAGGGCGUAAAUAUAUUUAUUAUGUUUGUAAAAUUCAUUCUGUACAAUUGCAGAUCAAGGUUGCUCUUCUGUGAUAUAUGGGAUAUUAUGUUUUAAAGACCAUCUUGGAAUACAAUUAGAGAACUUAGUAUUUUGAUGUACUAAGACCUAUUUUAAGUUUAAUAUUUUACCUUUGCAAAAACUUUAAUUAAAGAUGUUAUUUAAAAAAAA